AUGUCUGAAGACCGUGGAACGCAUUUAGUGCGUAGCCAUGCCCACGAAGAAGAUAUCCCUGGGACUGUCAACGUCCAGACAGUAGAGGGAGAUGAUUCUUAUAACGGCCAGGCGCUUUUCCCUGUGCCCGCAGAAGAUCCCAACGACCCCUUACAGUGGCCAAAGUCCAAGAAGAUUACGAUCCUAGUGGUUAUCUGUGCUUACUCUUUCCUGGGAAAUUCAGCGCUAUUAGGACCUGGUCCUUAUUUGAAACUAUGGUCGGAGCUCUUCGAUAUUACUCCCGCAGAAGCAUCAACACUCAUAUCGUACCCAAACCUCGCAUACGGCUUUAGCUCCUUCGUGCUUGUACCGCUAUACUUGAAAUUUGGAAGGCGGCCCGUGAUGCUUGGAUCAUUAUUAGCUUUCAUUGCCGGUUUAGCUGCAUGUUCUCGGGCUAAUGAUUUCGGUGCUUUGAUGCUUGUAGUAAGUCAAACUAUCUCACGACAUCAUAUGCCAGCACCUGGCUCCGAGUUUGAAGGGCGGGACGAAUUAUACACUGCUUUGGUGCCGGCAUAUGCGAAGCCUUACCUGUUCAACUUGUUUGGCAUGUGCUUUGCCUCCAUGGCAACAAUCCCAGCCGCAUAUAUGCUACCAACUAAGUAUUCUUGGAGGCUCUUCUUCUAUGUCAUCAUAGCACUCGCCGUUACAUUAUUUAUCCUUGCAUUCCUCGUCGUCGAAGAAUCAUCCUACGAUCGAGAGGCGCAUAUCAGCCGUGACACCUCCACGGAGCGCUCACAUGAUACAGCGUCCAACGCCUUCGAAAAGCCAAACGAAUCAGUUGUUGAACAGACAGCGAGUGUUCCAAGACGAAAAUCGUUCCUAUCGACGCUUAGCCCUUGGGGUCGGAUUGAUCCAGAAGUCUAUCUUCACACGUUUCUAUGGCGACCAUUCACGUAUUUCCUGGUUCCUCAAGUUCUAUGGGUUGUCACGUCUUUUGGGACCAUCAUAGGGUUAGGUGCUCUAGCAUUUAACUAUGUCUUUCCAAUCAAGAUAACCGCACCCCCAUAUAAUUGGUCACAAGCUAGCUCCGGUGUGCAUUCGCUCGGGCCUCUCCUGGGAUUUCUUCUUGCGCUCCCCUUUACCUCCUCUUCUGAUCGGCUAGCGGGUUAUCUAACUAGGCGCAACAACGGAAUACGCGAAGCUGAGAUGAGAUUAGGAGUCAUGUUGCCUGCUAUGAUAAUAGGCCCGGCUGGCUUAGUUGUUUAUGGGUUUACUGCGGAACUCAACUUACAUUGGAUAGGCUACUUCAUCGGAUCGGGUCUGGCAUCCUUCGGCGGUUAUUUCUACUACUGCUUUACGUUGGCGUACGCUGUGGAUUCGUAUAAUAGCAAUACGUCCGAGAUGCUUGUCGCUAUAAAUGUUGGAAAGCAAGCUGUUAGCUUCGGCCUUGGCUACGGUGUUCUUGAUUGGGUAACCGAAAGCGGCUACGCAGUAAUAAUUGCGGGAGCAUUUGGUGGAGUGUUCUUGGCGAACAACCUGAUGCUCGUCGUGUUCCUAUUACGCGGCAAACAGAUUCGGCGAUUCAUGUUAAACAUCAGAACUAAAUACGGAUUCUAG